UGCCGGGUGUACCCGCCGGUGGAAUGCGCGCCCCCGCGGACCUCGCCACCGCCCCUCCCCCCGCCUUCACUGCAGCUUGCAUCCGGGCUGCUAAUUUUGCUGCACAGCUCCGAUGUUCGCGUCCAACAUGUCAAUUGUUUUUCAUAUUUGUUUCAGUUUUUUGAUGGGCGAACUUUUUAUUUUGCCAUUUUUAACUAGGAUGGAGCGCGCGCGCGUGUGCCUGGCCCGUGGUUUGUGACGGCCGCGCGUGGACGUGACAAGUUGAGCGUGUGUGCUCGGAACAAGUGCAUCUUUCCAAAUGGGACAACUAUUGUGGAUUAUCCCGACAAUUCUGAAGCAUUUUGGUGUAUUUUAAAGGAGCGAAAAAUCCGUCCAUUUGGGAGCUGUCUUCAACAGCCAGGCCUGCGGUUUCUUUCGAUUGUUUUUAUUUUAAAAAGAAAAUGUUUUUAAAGCGUUGAUUAGUCGGAAUAAAAACGGAAUAUUUGCGCUGGUCGUCCAUGUAGCGCAAGAAAAGGGCGCAGAGUGUUUGCGGCUCAUCGGGCUUACAUAAGCAGCAGCGUCAUGUACGCAGGACGCAAGAGGAGAAAACCGGUCCAGAGAGCGGUAAAACAGCCGCCCAAUGAGGGGGCAAAGUCCAACCCGUCUAAGAGGCACCGAGAUCGCCUCAAUGGGGAGCUGGAGAGAUUGGCUAGCCUCCUGCCAUUUCCCGAGGAGGUCACGGCCAGCUUGGACAAACUGUCCAUCCUGCGACUGAGUGUCAGCUACCUGCGAGCCAAGAACUUCUUCUCUGUCGCCCUGACGAACCGGGAGAGAGUCACUCCAGUCACCCUGAAUAAUGUCGACGGAAAAACAGCAGGAGCUGUAGAGGCCAAGAUACCUGAAGGAGAACUUUUGCUGCAGGCUCUCAAUGGGUUUGUCCUGGUCAUCACUGCCAGUGGUACCAUCUUCUUCUCCUCUCACACCAUCCAGGAUUACUUGGGCUUCCAUCAGACCGACGUCAUGCACCAGAGUGUAUAUGAGCUGGUCCAUACAGAAGACCAGCAGGAGCUCAGGAGGAACUUACACUGGGCGUUGAAUCCUCCUGCAGCACCAUCAGCCAUCAGCCAGGACUCUCCUCAAGAACUGGAACCGGAUAAUCACUCACCCUUAGUCACCUAUAACCCUGAGCAGCUUCCUCCGGAAAACUCAUCAUUCCUGGAGAGGAGCUUCGUGUGUCGCUUCCGCUGCCUCCUGGACAAUUCCUCUGGUUUCCUGGCGCUGAACUUCCAGGGCAGGCUGAAAUUUCUACACGGACAGAACCAGCGACAAGAAAACGGAGGAAAGGCACCAGCCCAGCUUGCGCUUUUUGCCAUCGCAACUCCUCUACAACCUCCAUCCAUCCUGGAGAUCAGGACCAAGAACAUGAUCUUCAGAACAAAGCAUAAACUGGAUUUUACACCGUUGGCUUGUGAUGCAAAGGGGAAGAUAGUGCUGGGGUACACAGAGGCUGAACUGCGGGUACGAGGAUCUGGUUAUCAGUUCAUCCACGCCGCAGAUAUGUUGUACUGUGCAGAAAAUCAUGUCAGAAUGAUGAAGACUGGAGAGAGCGGACUGACGGUGUUUCGGCUGCUAACCAAGGAAAAUCGCUGGAAAUGGGUGCAGGCCAAUGCUCGUCUGGCUUACAAAAAUGGCAAACCUGACUACAUCAUCGCCACCCAGAGGCCCCUUUUGGAUGAAGAGGGAGGAGAGCACUUGCGUAAACGCUCCAUGCAUUUACCCUUUACCUACGCUACAGGCGAGGCCUUGCUUUACCAGUCGAACCAUCCCAUUGCAGGCUUCAGAGAUGGCGUUUCUGAGAAGAACGGUAGUAAGUCAAAGAAGAGCCGGACUGACAGGUUGUUAAGAGAUGGUCUGGACCCGGGAUCACUGCUUGGGGCCCUCAUGAGCCAAGAUGAGUCGGUGUACGUUUGCCAGCCUGCCCUGGAUCCCAAAAUCUCCUUUCACAGCAGCUUCUUUGGAGACCAAAUGGGCUUCUCUGAUUCUAAAACCAGUUUGCACAGAAGCUGGGACACACCCAGCAAUGGUGAUGUGGAUCAAGGUAUCACAGAACCGGGCACCAGCUUUGACCCACUGCUUGCUACUCUGGACUCCCUCUCACUGGAAGGCCAAGGAGUCGUGGAUUCGGAAGAUGGCGGGUGUUCAAACGGGGAGUUAUUUGGCGCUCUGGAGGGUUUGGGGCUGAGCGCUGAGGAUCUUGAGCUUCUCCUAUUGGAUGAGCGGAUGAUUCGAGUCGAGAUAGACCCAGAGCGUGUGCCCACCUUGGAUGACCUACUAACGAAUGAUGAAAUUCUUUCAUACAUCUAUGACUCCAUUGAAGGAAAGACUGAUUCCGCAGACCAGAGAAUACAGGUGCCACCCUGCAAUCCCUCAGUGAGUGCAACAACGGGGUCGGUUUCGGAAAGCACUCUCACCUCUGACACAAAUGUGAAAAUGCAGUUUCCUCACCAUAAGCCUCCCGUGGCCGGGAAGGCUCCCAUCGUCCAGUUGUCGCAGCAGAUGCAAAAGCACCUCAGCAUGUGCUCAGGCAAAGGGGUACACAACUGGGGCCAUCAGAAUGACCAUUUGGCCAACAUCUUAGUCAACGGAGACCUGAUGGGGCAUGUCGAAGCUGCCCCCAACGGACAAUGGUCAGCCCAAGACAUUCUCGUGAAUGCAGGUAUACAAUUGGAACACAUAAACUCACAACAAACUGUUUUCAAUGGCAAGGCAUCGGAUCGAGACGGGGAACUGGAGCAACAGCAUGAAACCUACCUUCAGCAGCAGCAGCAGCAGUCCCUGAUCCAGAACCAGCUCUCGCAGCAGUGCCACGCCAAACAGAAAGCCGCCAACCGAAAUGGACUGUGUACCAACCCCAGCUCAGAGCACUCGGCAGUAAAAUCACAGUGGCAGGACUUUGGCUUCGGAGAGAGACUGGAUCCGUGCCUCAAUAACAGCCAAAAAACUCAUGCGGAAACAUCGUUAGAUUCCUGCAUGGAUUACAGCAUCCCCAACAUUGACAAUUCGGAUUACUCUCUUAACGGCGGUGGGUUGUUCAGGAGCAGCGCGAUUCAGCACAGGGCUGAGUCCACAGUUUCCUCAUUCCAGGGGAUUACCCAGAAACUGCAGCAGGAGCCGAUCCCAGUUCCUUUAGCUCAGGUCAUCUCCAGCCUGUCCCAGGGUCCGCCUCUGAAUGCCUCGCUGGAACAAAUCCUGGCGGUUGGCAAACCUUGUCAGCAGGUGGAUCAUUACAGCAUGGUGGCCUCGGACUUGCCUCGUGAACCCAAUCAUGGCAAGGUGGAGAAUGGCCACAUCCUGACGACAACAUCAUACCCAGCAGCAAUGACCAAUGGCACAACGCCCCCUGCUGUCCAGAUACCCUGCCAGGAGACUCUGCCUGGCCUCCCUGAUCCACCUGCCACUGGCUUCUACCUGUGACCAGUUGGCUCUGUGCUCCGCAAAUGGCCAGAGACAUGAACACGAACACACACACACACACACACACACACACACACACACACACACACACACACACACACACACACAUACACACACAAUGAAUGGACCAGCCUUAUAACACAGAGAUAACGAACAAAACGAAUAAAUGCUGUCCUUUUUUUUUUUUUUUUGGCCAAUGGGGGUUCAGCGAUCAUUGUAUUAUUUUUCAAGUUAUACUAUCAUAAGAGUCCUUUGUUUACAAUAAUGCAGUUAGAGAGUUAUGUGAAUGAAUCCAGAUGUGACAGAUGAUUCAGGGUUUUCUUUUAGAGAAGGAGUCGCAGAUGAACAAACAGGUUUGGAGUCGGUGUGUUUGUUUGCGCUUCAUGAAUGUACAGAAACACUCAAGCGGAAAAAGGGAGGGAGGCUUUAGCACUAAAUGCAACUUUUACUUCAUCCAUAUUUCCAUCAAAAAAAUCUGCGGUCCUUCCUGUUGAUGACGUACGUUCACCCGUCAGUUCUUAGAUACACCUGGACAAUCAAAUCCAAUAUAAAAGCUUUUUUUUUUUCAUGAUGCUCAGUUAUGAUUGACGUGAUGCAGUCAGGUUUUGGCUCGUUACUUAAGUCACUCUGUAAAAUUUGGAGAGGAUCGGACCAUGUUUUGGGGGAGGAUGUGGGUGUCACUAAAUAGGAAUACAUUUGUGCUACUUGCGGCACCACUAGAUUUAAUGUGAACGUUCACUCAAGUCCCGUCUCUCCCAACAUAGGGUAAAAAUGUCGCCAGAGUAGAAUGGCCACUUUAUAGGGUAUAGACCACCGCCAAAGUUGAACUGAUCUAAUUGGAUUUUAUUUGUAUACCUGCAUAGAUAUGUCAGAAAAUGCACCUCUGUACCAUAACUGAAUCGGUUAUUGCUUGCUUGUCUUUGCGACACCCCACAUCCCCACGACAAAGAUUCAUGGCAGUUGUUGAAAUCAUUGGCCUAAUCCAGACAAUAAACAUCAAAGAAAACAUCAUUUUAGCGGAGUUAACACUUGAGCAUGUUUCUAUUUAAGAAGGCAGACUUUUCUACAGCAUGUGCGGGUGUACCUAAUGAAGUGUCCCAGGGUGAGCGUCAUUUGGUUAUUUGCUUCACUUUCCGUCUCGAUGCUCCAAAAACAAACACAUUUUUU